CAAGAAGUUGUCAUCUUAUUUUCAAUUGUCACUCUAGUUUAUCGAGUGUAACAGUGAUGUUUCGAUGCUGUCAAGUCUUAGUGUAGUGUAAUUUUCUAAUAUUAACGUGUGAGGACCUUUUCAUUUCUGAUCAUUCUACUUGCAAUCAUCAACAUGGCUUCUAAAGCAUCCAUGGAACUACCUGGUGGCUAUAAAAUGCCUGCUGUUGGCUUAGGAACAUGGGAGGCAAAGGAUGAGACUGAAUUGGAAUCAGCUCUAAAUGCUGCCUUAGAAGCCGGUUACAGACACAUUGAUACCGCCUUAGUCUACGAAAACGAAGUUUUAAUAGGAAAAAUUUUGAAAAAAUGGUUUGAUUCCGGUAAAAUCAAGAGGGAAGAGUUGUUUAUCACCACAAAAUUGCCCGUGUUUGGUGUUCGUGCCAGUAGCGUUGAGGAAUACAUGAAGAAAUCUCUGGAAAAUCUCGGUUUAGAAUAUGUCGACUUGUAUUUAAUCCAUUUUCCUGUGUGCAUGAAACUAAACGAUGGACCUCUCUUUGAACCCAACAGCAAAGAACCGAAGACUGUUGAAACUGAAGUGACCGAUCAUAUUGCUGUUUGGAAGAAAAUGGAGGAACAGGUUGACGCCGGACGCACCAGAUCAAUUGGCCUGUCGAAUUUCACCGGUCAGCAAAUCGAAAAAAUUCUAAAGUCGAACCCAAAACACAAACCGGCCAAUUUGCAAAACGAAAUCCACGUGUACAUGCAGCAACAAGAAUUGGUUAAUUACUGUCACCAAAACGGAAUUACAGUCACUGCGUACUCUCCACUUGGAUCACCGGGAAUUAACAAAUUCUUGGUGUCGUUAGGUUUAGAGCCCAAAGAAAUUCCAAACAUGUUAAGCGACGAAACGAUUAAAGGUAUCGCCAAAAAACACAACAAAACAAACGCACAAGUUAUGUUGAGAUACCUUCACCAACGGAAUAUUAUUGUGAUCCCGAAGAGUGUCACACCCUCUAGACUAAAGGAAAACAUUGAUAUUUUCGAUUUUGAACUCGACGCUGAAGAUAUGGCUGCUCUUAAUUCUUUGGAAGUUGGCCCAAAGGCACGAGUCUGUGACUGGGGAGUUUUCCCAGGGUUGGAAAACAAUUCCGAAUACCCUUUUUAAAUUGGAAACAAAAAUUUGUCUAUGAUUAUUUAAAAUUUGACUGAAUAAAUUAAUUUUAAUCAA